AUGUCGGUGCUGGUCAAAGAUUACACCUGGGAGCAGGUGGAGUCCAAAGUGUUUAUCACGGUGCCACUGAAGGGGGUCGGCGCUGGAAAAGCGGACAUCUUCUGUGCGGAGGAUUACGUAAAGGUGAACUUCCCUCCAUUUCUGUUUGAAGUGCUGCUAUAUGCUUCUAUUGAUGAAUCAAAAAGCUCAGCUAAGGUUGGCAAUGGUGCUGUCACCUUCACCUUGCAUAAAAGAGAAUCUAGAAUGUGGGAACAACUUAUAACUGCUGAAGUUAAUAAGGAAAAGUUGCAAGAAAAGAGAGAGAGAGCCAUUCUUGCUGCUCAAGUGAAGGCACAAGAAGCUGCAAAAGAAAAAGCAAUUAGAGAGCGAGAAAAUGAGAAAUACUCAUUGGAAAAAAUGAUGAAGGUGGAGGAAGAUAAUAGAAAACAGAUUGAAGAAUUGAAAAAGCGAGAACAAAUAAAAGCUACUGAGGAGCUAGAAAAGUGGAAGCUUCAGAAGCUUGAAGAAGAGGAACUAAAGAGAAAGGAGGAACUAAAGAUCGCAAGGCAAAAAAUUGAAGCAGAAGAAAAGUGGAAGAAAGGUGAAAAUAUAAUACGAAAUUCUGCUUCAGAAGCACCAUACAAGCGCUCUCUCAAAAAAGGCAAUGCUACCAAUAUAUUUACUGAAGAUGCCAGAAAAGAAAUGAUCCCAGCUCCUCGUUCAGCUGGUAAUAUACAGAUACAAUUCACACCUCGAGUUUUUCCUACUGCUUUGCGAGAAUCUCUAAUUGCUGAGGAAGAGGAGUGGCUCAGGAAGCAAGCAGAAGCUAGACGAGCCAAUAAUACAUAUGUUCCUGAACUUAAAGAUUUAAAAGAAGAAGAAAAAAAUCCAGACUGGCUGAAGGAUAAAGGGAACAAACUGUUUGCAUCGGGAGAUUAUCUUGCAGCUAUUAACGCUUACAAUUUGGGAAUAAGGUUGAAUAACAAUCUUCCAGUUUUGUAUCUGAAUCGGGCUGCAACCCAUCUUAAGCUAAGAAACUUGCACAAAGCCCUUGAAGACUGUUCCAAGGCACUUGAAUUAUUAACUCCUGCAGUUCCAGACAAUGCUGAGAGCAGACUGAAGGCCCAUGUCAGAAGAGGGGCAGCAUUUUGUGAGUUGGAAUUGUAUGUGGAGGGUCUUCAAGAUUACGAAGCAGCUCUUAAGAUUGACCCAAACAAUGCAGGAGUUAAAGCAGAUGCAGAAAAGAUACGUAGAGUGAUUCAAGGAAUUCCUCCUGAUCCUUAAAGCUACAUGAAGAAUGACAAAGAUGAGCAUAUUUAUACCUUGUACACUUUUGUUAAAACUUGUUGACAUUUGUAGUCAGAGGCAGCAUCCAGCCUGGAUCCUCAGUUCAGUCUGGGCUUCUUUUGAUUUUCUCAGGUGACAAUAAACUUUAAAUAAGAUAGAAUUAAUUAUUAGAUCUUUUCUUCUUGCUUUUCUUUAAGAGAAGUAAAGUUGAAUACUAUUUUGUGUUCAUGAAGGUCCAUUUGGGUGAUGAGUAUAUGACAAGGUAGGGAGAAGGAAAUGUAAUUUCUGUCCUUCUUUUUAGAACCGAGAUUGCCUGUUGCCAUGUUGUCAUCAAUAACCAAUAUUUUAAGAAUUAAUCAUACUUUUUGUUACACAUCCAGAUUCAUAGAUUUUAAUGCACUACUGCUCUUAAAUUUGGUUCUCUUCCA